AUGAGAGGAAAGCCAUUUAUUUCUUUGAAGCGGAUGCUUUUGCGCCCUUCAUGGAACAAAUUUAAUCUAUACAAUAUUGCUCGCAAGCAGUUACCUUCCCCAAGUAGCGGCACGCUUUUUCAAAAAAAAUGGAUUGCAAAACGUGAAACAAGAGCAUAUCAUGGACCUCAGCUACGUGAAUAUCAACUGAAAAACUCGUUUCAACCAAAAGUGCAUGGAGUUACCCCUUCGCAUGAAAACAAAAACCCCAUCCCCUUUAUGUCACAGAUGUAUGCAUUUAUAGAAUCACGACUGGAUAUGUCUAUUCAUCGUGCAAUGUUUGCUUCCAGUGCUCUCCAAGCUCGUCAGUUGGUUGUGCACGGCAAAGUUAGUGUCAAUGGUUUACCCGAAAAACGGAGCUACCGUGUGCUCAAACCAGGCGAUCUGGUAACCGUUGAGCCCAAAUUUGUUUUGCACUGUGUUUCUGCAUUAAAAUCCAAGAAUUCACAACCAGCUUCUUCGGAAGCAAACACUUCUACCGAAAAGGAUGGGACUUCUUCGAAUGAAUCUAAAGCGAACCCUUCCAACGAAGAGAACCAGGAAACGUCUUUGUCCAAAUCAACUCUGGAUUCUAAACUAGAAAGUGGUAUGCAUAACUUCUCUCCAAAACCCUAUAUGGCUCUUAUGGCUUUUAUCCCCUCUUACCUGGAAGUAUGCUUCCAAACAUGCUCUUUUGUGUAUGUGCGCGAUCCAGUAGCGCGUCCAGGGCUUACAGAAGUUCCUUCCCCCUUCCCCGAGGAUAUUCAUGCUCUUGCUUACAGCUACUACAUUCGUAGUCGAUGCAUGCGUCAAGGUGCUGCUCAUCGUCAAGCAAAACGCCUGUUCCCUCAACGAAUCCAUGAUCCAGGAUUCUUCCGUGGUCCUCGUGAUUUGUAUGACCCCAAGAAAAAAUCUUCGAAGAACUCUUAUUCUGAGAGAUAUCCUGUCCGCCGAACCAAGUUGCCCAAACUAGUAUAA